AUGUUCAAUGCUGUUAGUGGCCUUGGUGCAGGUGGUCUUGUUAACCCUCAGGAUAUCGAUAAAGCCAAUGUUGCCCUCUACAGCACCUUUGCGGUUGUGGCCUUCUUUGCAGGCUCCAUUGCCAAUCGGCUUGGUCUUCGCUACACCCUUACUUUUGGUGGAUUCGGUUACUUUCUCUAUGUUGCCUCUAUUUUGUCCUACAACCAUAACAAGAAUGCUGGUUUUCUCAUCUUUGCUGGAGCUCUCCUCGGUGUUUGUGCCGCCUGUCUUUGGACUGCUCAGGGAACUAUCAUGAUGAGCUACCCUGAUGAGUACUCCAAGGGCAAAUUCAUCUCCUGGUUCUGGGCUAUCUUCAACUUGGGCGGUGUCAUUGGCUCAUUGCGAACACUAACCUUCUGUUCGAAGGUUCCCCUUGCCAAUAACCUUCACAACAAGUCCAACUCUGUUCAGGAUAGCACCUAUAUCUUGUUCAUGGUCCUCAUGUUUGUUGGCUUUCUCCUUGGCUUUGCUCUUGUCAAUGCUAGAGACAUCAAGCGUUCAGAUGGCACCCGUGUCAUCCUCAUGAAGAACCCAUCCUGGAAAUCUGAACUCAUCGGCCUUGUCACCGUUCUUAAGUCUGACUGGUACAUUAUUGCUCUCUUCCCCAUGUUCUUUGCCAGCAACUGGUUUACCACUUACCAAUUCAAUGCCGUCAACUUGGCCAAGUUCAACAUCCGUACUCGUGCCUUGAACAAUGUUCUCUACUGGAUUUCCCAGAUGAUCGGCGCCUUUGUCUUUGGUUAUGGUCUUGAUGCUCCUCGUGUUCGUCGUUCUAUCCGCGCCCGCUAUGCUCUCGUUUCCCUCUUCCUCAUUACUAUGGCGAUCUGGGGUGAUGGAUGGUUCAAUCAGAAACAAUAUGACCGUGCUGAUGUCACUGAGACCAACCGUAUGGACUGGACUGACCCUAACUAUGCUGAACCAAUGGUCCUCUACAUGCUCUAUGGAUUCUAUGAUGCUGCCUUCCAGACCUGUGCUUACUGGUUCAUGGGUGCCUUGACUAACAACUCCCGCAAACUUGCCAACUUCGCUGGUUUCUACAAAGGCAUUCAAUCUGCUGGUGCAGCUAUUGCGUGGCGCAUUGAUAGUCUCGGUGUCUCUUACCGCGCGAUGUUCAUCUCUAACUGGGCUCUCCUUGCAAGCUCUUUGAUCAUCGCCGCGCCCGUUGUCUGGAAGAAAAUCAAAGACAUCACUGAUAUUAUGAAAGAUCUGAAGUUCUCCGAUGAGAACCUGGAGGAAGUUUCCACCGCUGCUGCUAUGGAGCUGCGUGGUAGGUAG